ACCCCAUCGUCUGCUGCCACCCGAUCCUACGCCGGUCUGCUCGCUGACUCAGUGCCUUAAGCAGCUUCACGGUUCACCUGAACAGAGCUCCAGCAGACCCUGCGGACAAAUACAUCAGCCAUGGCCAAAACAGCAACCGCCUACAAAGAGAAGAUGAAGGAGUUGUCCGUCCUCUCCCUCAUCUGUUCUUGCUUUUACCCGGAGACGCGCAACAAGCUCAUGAAUGAGUUUGAAGACUUGGAGGUGAAACCCAUAAACAAGCGCGCCUCGGGCCAGGCCUUUGAGGUCAUUCUCAAGCCUCAGUCACCAGUGUCAGAUGUAGCCCACAACCUCCCCACACCUCCCAAGAGAGACAUCUCUUUGGAGGAGAUUAAGAAAAAACUGGAGGCAGCUGAUGAGCGAAGGAGGUACCAAGAAGCCCAGGUGCUGAGGGCUUUGGCAGAGAAGCGAGAGCACGAGAGGGAUGUGCUGCUAAAGGCCAUGGAGGAAAACAGCAACUUCAGCAAGAUGGCCGAGGAGAAGCUCCAGAUGAAGAUGGGCCAGAUCAAGGAGAAUCGUGAAGCCCUGAUGGCAGCCAUGAUCGAGCGUCUACAGGAGAAGGAGAGACACGCAGCUCUGGUGCGCAGGAACAAAGAACUGAGGGAAGAGCUGACAGCAUAGGCUGCAGACAGGUCCCGACUCCCAUGGUCCAUCUGUGUCACUCCAUCAUGUCCUGCCCCUCUUCUUCCUUGCUCCUGCCUUCACCCGCCACACGACAGACACCCAACCCUGGAGAGCGUGAGGUUCGAGGACCUCACUGCUGCAUCACAACACACCACCAGUGCUCACUGCUGUCAGUAUUAUCAGAGAAUGUGAUGGAUUUAUUGAUUUUAGAUAAAAUACAAGAAUGUGGCUUUUGUUCUGUAGAUAUAAUUUGAAUCUAUCUAUCUAUCUAUCUCUCUAUCUAUCUUUCUAUCUAUCUAUCUAUCUCUCUAUCUAUCUUUCUAUCUAUCUAUCUUUC